AUGUUUGUGGAAUCUGCUCUUGUCCAUGGAGGCCUCCUGAACCCCAUGUCAAUCGUAUUCCACUCGCCAUGGAUCUUCAAAUUCCCUCCAGAAAUAUGGCGUCUACUCUCAUCCUUCAUCUUGACUGGGGGCGGGUUCUCCUUUGUCUUUGACCUCUAUUUCAUGUACACAUAUGCUUCCGGACUCGAGCUCAAUUCCCCUCGAUUCACGCAGCCGGGAGAUUUCUUUACCUAUGUGGUCUUCGUUGCCACAGUCACAUUGGGAACCGGCGGACUUGUCCUAGGAGGUCACAUCUUCACCCAAGCCCUCCUCCUCGCUUUUAUUUACACCUUCGCCCAAGACAACCGAGGCAAAAAAGCCCAUUUCAUCAUUGUUGAGAUCCCCGUCGAGCUGCUACCAUGGGCAAUGCUCACGCUGACCCUGAUCAUGGGCGGCCCGCAAGCGGCCUUGCAACAGGGCAUGGGGAUCAUUGCAGCGCACCUUUACGACUUCCUCACGAGGUUGUAUCCGACCUUCCAAGGCGGCAGAAAUUAUAUACAGACUCCAGCUGUAAUCAAGCGACUGUUUGGAGCCGAUCGAAGUGCUUUCACUCAAAAAGCCUACGGCACGACCUUUAGACCUGGCAGACCUGUGCCUCAGCAACAAGCCAGAGGAUGGACCAGCGGCUUCUCGGGCAGUUGGACUGGUCGAGGAGCUGGUCGCAGACUGGGUGGAGAUUGA